GCCGAUGAACCGCGAGAAGGACGACUUCCGCUUCCGGCUUACCGUACAAACUGUGAGGCGGUAAAAAAGUCAACAUAAAGAUGGAUGUAACAGAAACAACCUCUAACAACGACACUGUAUCACAGGACAACCGGGUGCAGGUGGACUCGAAGAAAGCAGUCGUCGAGCAGAUACUCGAAUACAAAGAGUUACUGAAGACGGUGCUGAGCGGGCAGACCGAGGUCCCAGAGGAGACCAGGCAGCUGCUGCGGGGAGAGCUGCUGGCGAACUUUGAGGCGGCGGUCCACGACAACGUUCUGGUGAAUGGACAGCCGUGGGAGGACGCGCCUGACGACGGAGACGAGGCGGUGGUCCUGGAGAAUCUGCUGGACGACACCGCGGUGGAGCUGGGCCGGUGCCGGCGCCGCUACCCCAAGGUCAUCCUGCACCACGUGGUGCGGGGCCUCCGGGCGGAGCGCAAGCUGAUGAGUCUGUAUGAAGAGACGGUGAAACCUCAACAGCUUGUGAAGGACCCAUGUCACGUAAGCAUCAUGACCAGUGUGUCCGCCGCAGUCCCUGGAAUGGUGAAGGAGGCGUCCCAUGUCAUAAAGUCGAUUAAAACCCUGCAAAAGCAGGUUGAAGGCCUCGGCCGGGUCCUCAACAUGAAGCCCAGCCAGGCUACUCUGGAGAUCCACGAGGCAGUGUUUGGCCCCUGUGGCCCAUUAGAGGCUGACAGUCUGUCCUUGAGCAAAGCCUCCUCCAUCAGGCAGCCAAUCAAGAGGGCUGUAGAGAAGGAGACAGCCAUGAAUGCCUACUAAGAAAAGCCACUGAGUGACAUGUAAGCUUGCCAGUGUAAUCAGUGUUUUCAAAGGUCACGAUGGACUUUCUCUCUGUUCUAUAGUUCCAACCCUAUUCUAUCGUCUUCAUAAUGUGUUUUUUUUUUUGGCACAUAUUAUAUUACUUUGAAGACGGUAUUUAGUCUGUGACAACAUACUUGUGUUUGGUCAAUUUAUGGUGUAAAUAAGUAAUAUACUACCCAUCCUGUACUUUUCAUAGCUUUUAAUGCGCAUGUGUAUGUUGAUCCUCCUGAAAUGGUGGAAGUACUAUAAAGUAUGUAUAUUCUUUGCCAGUGUUGGGGUAGUUACUCAAAAAAAUUAAUUAGCUACUUAUUACUAGUUACUUCUGUAAAUUGUAAUGAGAUUACUUUACGAGUUUGAAAAGUAACUUCACUACUUAUUACUUUACUUUACCGUUUCUUAAUUUACUGUAGAUAAAUGGACAAACAUCAUAGCCCUAUCAUCACACAUAGCAUAAACAACCACAUGAAAGAACAAUAUCCCUGUCUGCACAAAGAAAUGCCUCACUGUAAAAUCCACAAACAGGAUAAAGUAGGCUAUGGUGAGGUCAAUCAGUAGCAACACACAAGGUUCAAAACACGGGCUUUGGGAAACAUGAGAACGAAAAUUAAGUGGUCAAUGAAAAAUAUAAAAAGGUCACUUUAUCCCAUACAAUUAAAACAGAAAUGCACUUAAGCGGCGGGACACAUGCUGUUACUUUAUGUGGUCCAAAGGCUGAAUGAGCCUGAUCUAUUUCGCAAACUAUGACAUUGUAAGUUUGUCAAAACAUUUUUUUUAUAAAUAUGAUAACAAAACAAUACUUGCUCACAAAACAAAUUGUAAUUAAACUUGUGACAAUUUCCAUUAAAUACCGUUAUUAGCUG